AAUAAACCCAACGGAAGAAAACGGAAGUUUCGCUCAAAUUAGUCGUUAAGAGGUUAUGAGAGGAUGUCAGACUGUCCCCUCAAAAACUACAUAGAAAAACAAAUGUGCAUGAACUCCUGACAAAUAUGGACGCCAGUGAGUUCGCUGUAUCGGCGGGCAGAGCCGUGCUGGACAUGAUGGAGCGAGAGUGGCAACCUCUGUCCGCGGGUGAGCUGGAGCAGAGGCUGGACCAGGCGGUGGAGGAGAUCCUGGAGGCUGACUUGAUAACAGAGCUCAAAACUCAGCCUCCUGCUCCUGCUCCUACUGCUGUGUAUGUUCACUUACUGCAGAGUCAACCCACUGUGGGGCCGCAACUUUUACAGACGGCGGCGACAGUGGCCGCUUCUUUCCCGCAAAAGGAGGAGACAACAGAGACCCUGGGACAAAUGGAGACUGUGGACAGUGCUGCAGUGGAGUACAUCAAAGACCUGCUUCAAAGCUCCAAAUCCAAGGCUCGACUGGCCGGUCGAGCCCGUCUGUCUCUGUCCCACACCAUCCUCCUUUCCCUCACCCUGCUCUCUGAGCGCGUGAGCUACCGCUCUGUGUCUCGCCGCUUCCUCCUGGAGAAAGGAAACAUCCACAGGAUCUUCUUCUCCUUCUGUGACCACAUCAACAUGCUGGAGGAGCGGCAGAUCAGAUGGCCUGUCGGUGAAGAGGCAGACAAUAUCCUUUUCCCGCUUUUCAGUUCAGAAAAGAGGCCAGAAGAUGCAGAGCAAAGGGCUCCUUUGGUCCUUGGAGUGUUGGGACACACUCAGAUCCCUAUCCGCCUGUCUUUAGGGAAACAUGAUGUGGAGACCACAGUGCCUGAGGUGAAGAGAAUGAAGAAGGAGGAGGCUCAUCUGGACUCCUGGUUGAACCUUGAGCUUUUAUGUGACAGUAGUGGCCGGUUCCUACACUGCAGAAUCAGUAAAGGAUCAGACACGGAUAGAGGCAGUUCCCUCAGAGACAAACUUAAACAGCAUCCUGAACUGAUGCCUCCUGGCUCCUGUAUCUUAGCCAAACCUGGUUACCCACUCAGUGCUCAUAUUUUAACUCCUUACAUAACAAGUCAUGGGCUGAGUGAAGAGCUCUUCAACAAGACGCUGGACGAGCAUUUUCACAUUUUGGAUCAGGCUGUUGCCAAUCUGAGAGCCAGGUUCCAGAGACUCAGGUAUCUGGAUAUUGGGAACUACGAUCGAGCCAGAGCUGUGGUGCUGACUGCCUGUGUGCUGCACAAUGUGUUUUUGGACAUGGGACAGGUGGUUGAAGCAGAAGUCGAGAAAGAAGACAUAACCCAAAUAGGAGAUGGGGAGAUGGACAACGAGGGCAUAUGCAGACGUGACGUCCUCUCAGAUUUGUUGUUUAAAAGCUUUGAGUCUGGAAGCACAAGAUGUGAUGAUGGAUCUAUUAGAGAGCGUGUGUUCACAAUAUAAGGUUCAGUAAUCAUAUUUCUGCACUGUGCAAACACACUUUAAAGACAAGACAUAAUUGUCAUUAAAUGUUUUGCCUCAGA